AUGUCGACAAAUAUUUCCAGUUUUUGGCUAACCAGAUGGACAUCGUCGUCUGAUCUCCAAAUUAAAACGCCUAAGGACUAUAGAAGAGUGAUUUUUGGUUCCCACUACCAGCAACAGGGUGGAAUGCUCAUCACAUUCUCAGGCAACACAAGCAGUGAGGAGCACGACGGAAUAUUUGCGUUUGCGAAUCUUUUCCCCGAUAUCAUCGACGACACUAUUAUCAAUUACGAACAGCCAAUACAAGGCUUGAUGGUCGAUUCUUACGGUCAACUGGCGGAUUAA